UAUUGUCAUUAUUGAAUUGUAUGAAUUGUCAAUCUUUUAUAUUUCUCCAGUAAUUGUUUAUCAAAUUUUUAAAACAUUGAAGUCUAAGUUAUCCCGAAAUGUGAAAAUUUUCCUGCAUGUUAGAUAAAACUCAAUACGACACCAUGGGAACCAACGGCAAUGGUCGACGAGGGGGCCCAAAGUUACCCGACGUUCGCCGCCCCAUGGAAGAAGGUGAUUGUGUCAACGACAUGGAGAGCCCCGAGUUAGACUUCAUUUAUGACGAUUGCGACACACAAGCAAACGAAAUAGCAGAAUUAUACAGUUACACAGAACAUCCAGAGUUUCAGCUCAAUGUGAAGGCUUUCGAAGAUAUUAUGGAAGAGUUUAAUUAUCCACCCAGUUGGCAAAGACUUUCUAAUAAACAACAACGAACUGUUAUAAUGAAAUUAUUGGAGCAUCUCGACGUUGCCGUAAGUGAAAUACGGAUGCGUGCGACACGAUGUAUCUUUUAUCUGGCCCAAGGUUGCUGGGCAGAAAUGCAGUCCGACACAGAACAGGCACACUGGGCGCGUGUCAAUAUCAUGACACUGUAUGACAUGGGUACUUUUGCCGCCUUUGUUGAAUUGCUCAACCUUGAAAUUGUUCGCAGUAGCACGGCUAUAGCUUCAAGGAAAUUAGCAGAAUCUUUAGCGGACUCAACUAACUUGCGAGUUAUUUUGUCAGUUUUAUAUUUAAUAACUGAAUAUAUGAGAACUGAAAAAGAGAAUCCUGACUCUGAAUAUGUUAACUUAGUGCAGAAUUUCAAAGAAGAACUUGGUACUCUCUUUGGUGAGGAGCUGCUGCCUGUAAAACUUCUUGCAAUGGUGACACAUCUCUGUGCUGGAACUACUCCACACUUUCCAAUGAAAAAGGUAUUACUCUUGCUGUGGAAAGUGCUGCUUGUUUACUUAGGUGGUUCUACAGAGCUUAAAGAAAGGAAAGCAAAACUGAGAGAAAAGAAUGGAUUACCACCUUUGACUGAGGAUACUAUUGAAAUUAUAAAAGGUAUGAGAGCUAGUUCCCCACCACCUAGUGCUGCUGAUAUGCUAGAAAAUCAAAAUCCAGGACAGAGAAAACUAAAAGAGAAUGAAAGAGCACUUCGCAGACAGACUUUUAUGAAACAAACUUCACUUGAUGAGUCUGAUGAACAAAUUUUUGUUGAUAAAGAAGAAACUGGUAAUGGAUCAGAAGAUUAUUCUAUGGAGUUUCAGUCCAUGCCAUCGGAAAGUGGAAGAAGUGACAUCAAUCAACAUUUUCCAUAUUAUAUGUACUUCAAACAGUUUGAUAGCCCACCCCCUCCACCCCCUUUGCCAAGAAGUUUACCUUGGGAGUCUAAAGUUAGACAAAGAGAUAUUGACAUGUUCCUUGAUAAUGUCAGAAUUAAAUUUGUGGGGUAUUCUCUUCCUGGUGAUAGACAAACUAUUGCAGGCCUUCCACAGCCUAUUCAUGAAGGUAUUGAUAUUUUAAGGAAGCAUAUGUAUACUAGUUUGUCUGAACUUCAAACAGAGAGAGAAAUUGAAAUAGCCCGAAGUCCCCUUACUAAAGGUGAAAAAGAAGUUGAAGAAACAGAAGCUGAGGUUUUGUAUAAAGCCAUGCUUCCCAAUCUACCCCAGUAUAUGAUAGCCCUACUGAAAAUACUUUUAGCAGCCGCACCUACAUCUACUGCAAAAACAUACUCAAUAAAUAUAAUGGCUGAUUUACUGCCAGAGGAAAUGCCAAUGACAGUAUUACAGUCACUAAAACUAGGCAUUGAUGUAAAUCGGCACAAGGAAAUUAUUGUCAAAGCUGUCACUGCCAUUUUAUUGUUGCUUUUGAAACACUUCAAACUAAAUCAUGUUUACCAAUUUGAAUUCAUGUCUCAACAUUUGGUAUAUGCCAACUGCAUGCCACUAGUAUUGAAGUUUUUUAAUCAAAACAUUUUAUCAUAUGUUGGAGCUAAGAACACAAUACCCAUAUUUGAUUUCCCUGCCUGUGUUAUUGGAGAACAACCUGAGUUGACAAAGGAAUGUUUGGAUAUUGGGGAUUCAUCAGUUCCAUAUUCAUGGAGGAAUGUUUUCUCCUGUAUAAACUUGUUGAGAAUUCUUAAUAAAUUAACUAAGUGGAAGAAUGCAAGAAUAAUGAUGCUUGUGGUAUUCAAAAGUGCACCUAUAUUAAAGCGCACUCUUAAAGUGAGACAUGCAUUAAUGCAAUUUUAUGUUUUGAAAUUAUUAAAAAUGCAAACUAAAUAUUUGGGACGACAAUGGAGGAAAACAAAUAUGAAGACUAUCAGCGCUAUUUAUUCCAAAGUACGACACAGAUUGAAUGACGACUGGGCAUUUGGAAAUGAUGUUGAUGCUAGACCUUGGGAUUUCCAAGAUGAAGAAUGCGCCCUAAGAGUCAGUGUUGAUAGAUUUAACCAUAGAAGAUAUGGGUCGGGAGGUGACCAGGAAAUAGAUCUGACGCCACUUGAAACUGAUAUAAAUAGCGUACUUGAGGGUAAUAUCGAACUUGAUGAAGAGUUUAAAGAAAAUUAUGAAUUAUGGCUUGAACAGGAAGUAUAUAAUAAUGAGAUUAACUGGGAUAUAUUGUUAACAACAUGAAAUUUAUAAAUCAUGUAAAAACAGUUUAUGAUUGUAUUAAGUUAUUUAAUACUUAUGCCGUGCAAUAAUAUUAGAAAAUACCAUUUGUCACCUUGCUCAGACUCAGAUGUCAAGUUUUAACAUUUUCGUGUUACUCUGAUUUAUAUAAUUGCAUAAUUGACAACCUACUCUAAAAUUAACUGAAUCUAUUUGUAUGACUUUUACAAUCAAUAGGGUCUGGUUUCAAUUUUCACAGGAUAUGAAAUUUAUCUCUUUGUUUUUGGAAUAAUAUCUUGUUUGUUGUACUUACACAAUUUAAUAUAUAAUCUAUUGUAAUAAGUUUAGAACAACUGUAUUAUUUCAAUUUAUUUAUAUGCAUGUUUUUGAUAAAUUUAUGGUUACACAAAUUUAUAUGUUAAAUAAUAAAAACAUAAAUUGUAUCUUUAGAUUCAAUGUAUUGAGUGACCUGUAGAAAUUUAAUAAGUAAUUUACAUAAUAAUGAAAUGAUCAUGUUUUUACUUGUAUCUAAAAAUAUAAUACUCGAUCGAAUUGUAUAAUAAGCAUGUCAGGUAAGAAACGAAAUUAUCUUCGUUUUCUCUUAAACUAUUUUAAAUCGACGUAUUAAUAAAGUUAUGAAAUGUAAUUGAUUGUUUGGUAUUGUAAUUUAACAAUAAAAGCAUAUAUUUCAAAUUAAUUUCAUAUCAGUGUUAAUCAUACUACAUGUACAGGCCGCACUCAUAGAGGAGAACUGCUUAUAAUAUUUUGUCUAAAUAUCAAAGAACAUAUGUCUAUAGUUUUCAUAGAGAUUUUGAUGAACAUUAAAGUACACCGAAGUUUGU